GUUGUUUUAUAUUUUGAUUUGGGUGUUUCCCGAUUAGACACCGGCGCCUGCGUGUUUCAGCUCCAAGGUGAUGGGUUUUGAUUUCAGGAUACAGAAUGAAGCAUCAAUCAUAUUCCAUUGACCACUCAGCUACAAAGCCGCUGCAUAAUCAUUUGGAGGGAGAAACUUGGUGAUGUAAACAAAGAUUUGGAAGACCCACAAGAAUGCUUGAAGAUUCGUAGGAGC